CGCGGCUGGACGGGCAGCUCUCCGCAGAAUCCAGGGGACGGUUGCUGAGCGGGCCUGGGACAGCGGGUCGCGGCACCUCCCGCCUGCGUGUGUCUAAUCCGUCUGUCGGGUCCCGAAAGAGCUAAGCCGAGCCUGCGCCGGACGGGUGGGCUGGACUGAGAGAAUUCUCUGAGCUGGUGACAGGUGCCACAGGCACUGGGGAUCUCACCAGAAAGGAACCGACGGAGCUAGGGGCCAGCGAGAUGGCAGACGAGGCCUUAGCUGGGCUGGAUGAGGGAGCCCUUCGGAAGCUGCUGGAGGUCACAGCAGAUCUGGCAGAGCGGCGGCGCAUCCGCGCAGCCAUCCGGGAACUGCAGCGGCAGGAGCUGGAGCGCGAGGAGGAGGCCCUGGCAUCCAAGCGUUUCCGUGCCGAGCGGCAGGACAACAAGGAGAACUGGCUGCACUCUCAGCAGCGGGAAGCUGAGCAGCGGGCUGCCCUGGCACAGCUGGCAGGGCAGCUGGAGUCCAUGAACGAUGUGGAGGAAUUGACUGCACUGUUGCGAAGCGCUGGUGAGUAUGAGGAGCGCAAGCUGAUCCGAGCUGCCAUCCGCCGUGUACGGGCUCAGGAGAUUGAGGCUGCCACCUUGGCUGGGAGGUUGUACAGCGGGCGUCCCAACAGUGGCUCAAGAGAGGACAGCAAGGGGCUAGCGGCACACAGGCUGGAACAGUGUGAGGUGCCAGAGCGAGAGGAACAGGAACAGCAGGCAGAGGUUUCAAAGCCAACCCCCACCCCUGAAGGCACCAGCCAGGAUGUGACCACAGUGACACUCCUGCUGCGAGCCCCACCUGGGAGCACAUCCAGCUCACCUGCCUCACCCAGCAGUUCACCCACCCCUGCCUCUCCUGAGCCUCCAUUGGAGCCUGCCGAGGCCCAGUGCCUUACAGCUGAGGUUCCAGGCAGCCCAGAGCCACCCCCCAGCCCACCCAAGACCACCAGCCCUGAGCCUCAGGAGUCUCCAACGCUCCCCAGCACUGAGGGCCAGGUGGUCAACAAGCUUCUGUCUGGCCCCAAAGAGACCCCUGCUGCCCAGAGCCCCACUAGAGGCCCCUCUGACACCAAGAGAGCAGAUGUGGCUGGACCCCGACCCUGCCAACGCUCCCUGUCGGUGCUCAGCCCCCACCAACCAGCCCAGAACCGAGAGUCCACCCCCCUUGCCAGCGGACCUUCCUCAUUCCAGCGGGCUGGCUCUGUGCGGGACCGUGUCCACAAGUUCACAUCUGAUUCUCCUAUGGCUGCUAGGCUCCAGGAUGGCACACCCCGGGCUGCCCUAAGUCCCCUGACCCCUGCAAGGCUCCUGGGCCCCUCCCUCACCAGCACCACCCCUGCCUCCUCCUCCAGCGGCUCCUCCUCUCGGGGCCCCAGUGAUACCUCCUCCCAGUUCAGCAAGGAGCAACGAGGAGUAGCCCAGCCCCUGGCCCAGCUUCGAAGCUGCCCCCAGGAGGAGGGCCCCAGGGGGCGGGGCUUGGCUGCUAGGCCCCUUGAAAACAGAGCAGGGGGGCCUGUGGCACGUUCAGAGGAGCCUGGUGCCCCGCUGCCCGUGGCCGUCGGCACUGCCGAGCCAGGGGGCAGUAUGAAGACCACAUUCACCAUCGAGAUCAAGGACGGCCGUGGCCAGGCCUCCACAGGCCGGGUGCUGCUGCCCACAGGCAACCAGAGGGCAGAACUGACACUGGGGCUGCGGGCGCCCCCGACCCUACUCAGCACCAGUAGUGGGGGCAAGAGCACCAUCACCCGUGUCAACAGCCCUGGGACCCUGGCUCGGCUGGGCAGUGUCACUCACGUCACCAGCUUCAGCCAUGCCCCCCCCAGUAGCCGAGGAGGCUGCAGCAUCAAGAUGGAACCAGAGCCAGCAGAGCCUCUCGCUGCAGCAGUGGAAGCGGCCAAUGGGGCUGAGCAGACCCGAGUGAACAAAGCACCAGAAGGGCGGAGCCCUCUGAGCGCUGAGGAGCUGAUGACUAUUGAGGAUGAAGGAGUCUUGGACAAAAUGCUGGAUCAGAGCACGGACUUUGAAGAGCGGAAGCUCAUCCGGGCGGCACUUCGUGAGCUCCGACAAAGGAAGAGAGACCAGCGGGACAAGGAGCGGGAACGGCGGCUGCAGGAGGCACGGGGCCGGCCAGGGGAGCGGCGCGGCAACACAGCCACUGAGACCACCACGAGGCACAGCCAGCGGGCAGCUGAUGGCUCUGCUGUCAGCACUGUUACCAAGACUGAGCGGCUCGUCCACUCCAAUGAUGGCACACGGACGGCCCGCACCACCACAGUGGAGUCGAGUUUCCUGAGGCGCUCGGAGAAUGGCAGUGGCAGCACCAUGAUGCAAACCAAGACCUUCUCCUCUUCCUCCUCAUCCAAGAAGAUGGGCAGCAUCUUCGACCGCGAGGACCAGGCCAGCCCACGGGCCGGCAGCCUGGCGGCGCUCGAGAAACGGCAGGCCGAGAAGAAGAAAGAGCUGAUGAAGGCGCAGAGUCUGCCCAAGACCUCAGCCUCCCAGGCGCGCAAGGCCAUGAUUGAGAAGCUGGAGAAGGAGGGCGCGGCCGGCAGCCCUGGCGGACCCCGCGCAGCCGUGCAGCGAUCCACCAGCUUCGGGGUCCCCAACGCCAACAGCAUCAAGCAGAUGCUGCUGGACUGGUGCCGAGCCAAGACUCGCGGCUACGAGCACGUCGACAUCCAGAACUUCUCCUCCAGCUGGAGUGAUGGGAUGGCCUUCUGUGCCCUGGUGCACAACUUCUUCCCUGAGGCCUUCGACUAUGGGCAGCUUAGCCCUCAGAACCGACGCCAGAACUUCGAGGUGGCCUUCUCAUCUGCGGAGACCCAUGCGGACUGCCCGCAGCUCCUGGAUACAGAGGACAUGGUGCGGCUUCGAGAGCCUGACUGGAAGUGCGUGUACACGUACAUCCAGGAGUUCUACCGCUGUCUGGUCCAGAAGGGGCUGGUAAAAACCAAAAAGUCCUAACCCCUGCUCGGGGCCCCACGGUGAGAAACGCCGCCUCUCCCACCUGCCCCGUUUCACCAGAAUCUGCUGAGCAAGGCCAGAGAGGGUCCAGGGAGGCGGGUGGGGGAAGUAAGGGGGGCAUUUAGUCAAGCCAGAGGAGCCAGACAUAGCCCUGUCUUCUGGCAGUUCAGGGCCCAGCAGGUGAGACCAUUCUAAAUGGGCAGUGAUGACCCAGGUGAGCAGCACUGUGAUGGGGGAAGCCCAGGGGAGAUGCCUGACCCAGGCUGCAGGUCUGGGCCCCCCAUCUGAAAAAAGUGCAAACUAAGCUGGGAUCUGAACAAGUUCAGGCUAAAGGAGGGAGAGGGAGUUCCAGGCAGAGGGAUCAGCCUAGGCUUAGCAGGGCAAGAGAGCUGGAGAGCACAGCACAUCAGGAAGGGAAGAAACUUGAGUCUGGAUAUGAGGGAGGAGGGGGCCACAGUUAGAAGUUUGACCUUCUGGCCGAGCACGGUGGCUCAUGCCUGUAAUCCCAGCACUUUGGGAGGCCAAGAUGGGCAGAUCACGAGGUCAUGAGUUCGAGACCAGCCUGACCAACAUGGUGAAACCCCAUCUCUACUAAAAAUACAAAAAUUAGCCAGGCGUGUGGCGCACACCUGUAAUCCUAGCGACUCAGGAGGCUGAGGUAGGAGAAUCACUUGAACCCAGGAGGCGAAGGUUGCAAUGAGCCGAAAUCAUGCCACUGCACUCCAGCCUGGGUGACAGAGCGAGACUCCAUCUCAAAAAAAAAAAAAAAAAAAAAAAAGUUUGACCUUCCUCCUGAGGACAACAGGAGUUAUAAAGGGUUUCCAAACAGAGAAGGGAUGGAUGUAGCAUUCUAGGACCUUCCUUGGAUGAGGCUUGGAUGAGAGAUGGGAUGGACUAGAUGACUGGAAUAGCUUAAGAGCUAGAGAGACAGGCUUCCCAAUAGAUCUGGUUUGGAGAGGGAGAGGGAAGGUCAAGAAGUCUGCCAGGCUCCUGUGUGGGCACUGGGGAGUUGGUGGUGCCAUACUCCAAAGUGGGGAGCUCAGGAGCAGGACCAGUUCAACAGGAAGAUGUUUCUGGCUGGGGACUCUGGAUCCUAAGCCAGCUGUGGCAUUUCCUCUCUGGUCACCUCACCUCAGUACCAAAGUAAAGAAUUCAGAUCCUAAA